AUGCAGAAACGAUUUCGCCUGACCUGUCCGCUUUGCGGUCGGCCUGAUUUGAAGAAUAUCAGUACACAUCUUUUACAAGUUCACGGCUUACAAUCCAAGGAGAGAAAACCUUAUCUUAAGCAAGCCCAGGUGUCGUCAUGGCAGCCCUACAUCGACAAAUCUCCGUACAUGAACUCUGAAAAGCAGGGAGAAAAGUGUGUGAGCCGAAGGGCAUUCUCGUUGCCAACUAAGAAACCGAAAACAGCACAAGCAUCUUUGACCACCAAACCCUAUCCGGAAUUCAACUUCCGCCAUACCCAAGUGGAAAAACAUAUUUUGUAGAGCAAAUUUUGGAAAACAAUCGUAUCGUGUACGAUGAGCAAAAACGUAUUCGUAUUUUUUGGUGCUACAACCAGUGGCAAGAUUGUUACGACAGUUUGAGAAAAUUAGAAGGCUCCGUUAUUGUCGAUGAUCAUUUUAGCUUCUUUGAGGAUAUACAAGAACAAAGUACGCUGAUAACUUCUACACCUUUUAAACAAUCAAAUCUUCUAAAAAUAGACGAGGAAUUGGUUUGGAAAGGUCCGUAUGAAAGUCUGAAACUGUUUGUAAAAUCCGACUUGGGCAUUGACGGUCAAUGGAAAUUUACUGGCGGAGAAGUAAAGAAAUUCACGAGUAAAAGCUAUACGUUGAAGUGGCACGGCAAAACAAAGCAGAAGCUCGUUGUAAUUCAAGAUGAUGAGAAUGAAAGCCUUCAAGAGAAACUUGUGAAAUCUGCCACGUUGGGUAAUUUCAAAGGUCAUUAUGUAGGACAACGCAGUGAAACCAUUGGAAACAAAAACACGCUCGAAGGCGUUCAGAAGUCGACAUUAUUGUCGAACGAUGACAAAGACAAAGACAAAAACAAGGCAGAAAACCAAACUGUAGCGGUCAACUUCCCGACCGAAGUGCCCCUAGCUGAAAUUUACUAA